CACACGACAGCCUUCCCUCCCAGCCUCCUUCCUAUUUCCCCUUCUCUCCUCGUCCUCGUCCUCUUCCAUACCAGCUCACUGAUUUCACCCAUCCACCUGUGGAAGAUCAAGAGAUCCAAACGUCAUAUUCAGUACUCAAAACAGAGAAACACUCGACAUCCGCUUGCUGCCCUCUCGAUCAUCCUCGAACGCCGACGUCCUUAGGCUUCCUUUGUCUCACCCCCAAACCACACUCCGGUCCUCAUCCAUACAUCUAGGGAGACUGCCUCCCAAUCACGCCAGGACCAUGGCCUCUUUCAUGGGCGGCGGCGCCGAGUGCUCGACGUCGAACCCCCUCAGCCAGAUGAGCAAGCAUGUGCAAGGCGACAGCAGCCUCCAGCGGGACCGCUUUAUGAACACCGGCCCCGGCGGUGCCUCGGCACAGGGCUUCCGAAGCAGCGCGGGUCCUGGCACACCGCUCGACGGCAAGAUGAACGCCUUCAUGCAGCAGAAUCCCAACAUGCCGGUGGAGAUGGCCUUGCAACGGCAGGGCCCUGGUCCCGCGUCCGGCGGUCAGAUCCACAUCGAUCCUGCACACAGCAUGCACCUCCGUGCGCAGUCUGUGUCGCCGCCGUCCUUCUCUCCUUCAUUUACUCCCGAUGAGUUUGCCAAGUUCCAGGCAGCGAACCGCUCCGCCAAUGCGAGGUCGAGUCCGGCCCCACAGGCACAGUCCAUGACCGUCUCGACGUACCAGAGGCCCAUGAUGAUGGGGGCAGGACCCAUGUCGAUGGGGAUGAUGCAGCAGGGCAUGUAUGGGGGCAUGCCCAUGUACUCACAACAACAGCAGCAGGCGCCGGCACAGCAAAACUACCAGACCGAUGUGAAGGGCAAGGGGAAGGAGGUGGACACACAGGAGCUGCAGACGAGGUUCGAGGAGCAGUUCAAGCUGCAUGAUGAGCACGACGAGUCCCUGGCCAUGGAGGAGGAGCUGAACCAGAUGGACGAGAAGCUGAUGGAAUCGGAGACGGGCUUUGGAGAUUUCGAGUCAAUAUGGAAGGGAAUACAAGAAGGCGAGGCGGCGAUGCGGUCCAUGCCCGACGACGACCUCGACAUCAAAUGGGGCGAUGGCAUCGAUUCCUGGGGAGGUGGAGGCGGGCGCAUGUCGGCCGACCCCCUGAUUGAGGAUUAUUUGUUCGAGCAGGACAACCUCUUCAAGGACCAGGCCAACCCGUUCGAAGAAGGCGUGCGCAUCAUGGACGAAGGCGGCAACCUGUCUCUGGCGGCCUUGGCAUUCGAGGCUGCCGCGCAGAAGGACCCGAAACAUAUCGAGGCGUGGGCGCGCCUGGGCUCGGCACAGUCACAAAACGAGAAGGAGGAUGCGGCUCUGCGGGCAUACCAGAGGGUUCUGCAGCUCGACCCUCACAACCUCGACGCCCUCAUGGGGCUCGCCGUCUCCUACACCAACGAGGGCUACGACAGCACUGCCUACCGAACCCUGGAGCGGUGGCUCUCGGUCAAAUACCCGCAGGUCAUCUCACCAGAUGCCCUGUCCAACCCGGCCGAGGUGGGCUUCACGGACCGGGCAGAGCUGCACAACAAGAUCACAGGCCUCUUCAUCGAGGCGGCGCAGUACGCCCCCGACGGCGAGCACAUGGACCCGGACGUGCAGGUGGGCCUCGGCGUCCUGUUCUACGGCAGCGAGGACUUCGACAAGGCCGUCGACUGCUUCCACGCCGCGCUGGCCUCCUCGGAGCUCGGCAUCGCCAACCAGCGCAACCAGCUGCACCUCCUCUGGAACCGGCUGGGCGCCACCCUCGCCAACAGCGGCAAGAGCGAGGAGGCCAUCGCAGCCUACGAAAAGGCCCUGGCCCUGCGGCCCAACUUUGUGCGCGCCCGCUACAACCUCGGCGUGUCGUGCAUGAACAUUGGCUGCUACGAGCAGGCCGCCGGCCACCUCCUGAGCGCCCUGGCCAUGCACAAGACCGUCGAGAAGGCCGGCAGGGAGAAGGCCAGGGAGCUGCUGAGCACCACCGGCGACGGCGCCGACGUCAGCGACGAGCAUCUCGACCGCAUGACCACCCACAACCGCAGCACCACCCUGUAUGAUACGCUGCGCAGGGUGUUUACCCUCAUGAGCAGGAGGGACUUGAGCGAGAAGGUUGUCUUCGGGGUGGAUCCGGAUAUCUUCCGGCCCGAGUUUGAGUUUUGAAAAAAAGAUUCAUUUUGUUGGUGGUGGCAGAGGAGGAGGAAGAGAAAAGAAAGAGAAAAGGAAGGGGGGGGGGGGUUGAUGAUAGGCAAGAUUGGUAUAUCAAUCGAGAUAUAAUCAGAAUGCAUGUGAAUGAUGAACAUAGU